AUGCAGAACCACAUCAACCAAACGAGCAUCCACCCUCAGUCUCCCCCUUCUUCCGAUUCCCACCAAAGCGAUCAAGGGAAUCAGUUUUACCCUCGACCUGAGAACGAACCUCAGGUCACAUUCAAAGACGUCCAACGGCGUCACGGUGUAGCUGCCCGGCUCUUCGUCGGAAAUCUUCCGAUCAGUGUCGGGCAGCAACAGCUCAUGCAGGAUUUGCAUGAAGCAUUCAGGCAGUACGGACACUGCUAUGUCGGGCUGUAUAGCACAGCCAAAGCAGGCCAGAGGCUGCCUGGGGCGUUCGUCCAAUACGAACGCCCCGAAGAUGCUGGAAGGGCUCUCAGCCUGGACAGACAAUGUCGGCUGCAUAGCCGCCUUCUGAGAGUUGAGAGGGCCACCGGGGAGAGGAGUCGGGUCGAGGCUGGGCCGCAGCCAAUGCCAAUGCCGCCUGUCAAUGGGUUCCCGACGCCCUACUCCCCGACCUCCUACCCCCAGCCAUACCCCCAGACAUACCCCCAAGCAUACUACCCUCAGACAUACUACCCCCAGAUGCCACCACAGUGGUAUCCGUACCAGCAGGGGCUCAUGGCCGAACCCACCUGGGGCCCCUAUAUGGAUCCCUAUAUGGCUGGUGUCUAUAUCCACCUGUGA